CUUGUUUUUAGAAAAAUUUAAAUAAAAUUUGAUGGUUAGCAUGCCAAUAGUAAUUAGCACAUUUGUAUAAAAACCCGUGAAAUUGCAGACUUCUGUAUCAGUUUCGUACUACGAAUCAACGUGAUAGCACAUAACAUUUCUCAAAAUGAAAUUCUUUGUCGUCCUUGCCUGCUUUUUGGCUGUCGCCUACGCCAACGAAGAAGCCGAUGUCCUCCGUUUGGACAGCGAAGUGAACCCUGAUGGCUUCAAAUACGCCUACGAGUUCUCCAACUCCAUCAAGGCUGAGCAAGAAGGUACCCUGAGCGGUGAUGCUUUGGUCGCCAAGGGCCAAUACUCGUUCACCUCCCCCGAAGGUGAAGCUGUUGCCGUCCAAUAUGUUGCUGAUGAGAACGGUUACCAAGUUGUGAGCGCCAACCCACCACUCCCAACUCCACCACCAAUCCCAGAGGCCAUCCUUAAGGCUAUCGCUUACAUCGAAGCCCACCCAUCCAAGGAAUAAGCAGCUGUUAUGUGCUUUUACAACAUUUUUAAAUUGAUUGUUUCGUUUUUUACCUCCGUUUUUUGAAUAAAUGCAUUCUAAGUCAUUAGGAUAAAAAAAA